AUGCCCGGCGCUGCCGCUGCUGCUGCUGCUGCUGCAGGAGGGCAAGCUCAGCCUCAAGCUCAGACUCAGGCUCAAGGGCAGCAGCUGCAUCUGUCGCACGGCAACCAGCGCCACCUGACGCCCAAGCUCAACCCGAUCGAGGAGGACUACUCCAUCACAGACGUCACUCUCGGCGUCGGCGUCCACGGCAAGGUCCGCCGCUGCGUCCACCGCGUCUCCAUGCGGUCCUACGCGCUCAAGGUGCUCGAUGACAGGCCACGAUCCAGACGCGAAAUCGACCUGCACUGGCGCUGCUGCGGACACCCCAACAUUGUAGAUAUCAUCGACGUGUACGAAAACGCCGUCAACGGAUCCAAGAAGCUCUUCUUGGUCAUGGAGCUCAUGGCGGGUGGAGAGCUGUUCGAACACAUCCAGAAAAAGACUCACUUUACCGAGCACGAAGCCUCCCUCAUUAUGCGAAAGAUCACCUCGGCAACACGGCACAUUCACUCGCUCAACUUGGCCCAUCGCGACUUGAAGCCCGAAAACCUCCUGUUCAAGGACACUACUGAAACGUCAGAAAUCAAGUUGACCGACUUUGGCUUUGCCAAGGAAGUGGACGAUGCUGGUUUGAAAACCCCCUGCUAUACGCCCUACUAUGUUGCACCUGAAAUCCUCAGGGCAGAGGCAAAGAGCACCGCCACGUACGAUAAAAGCUGCGACAUGUGGUCGCUGGGCGUUAUUUUGUACAUUCUCCUCGCGGGCUAUCCACCAUUCUACUCGGAGGGUGGGCAAAACAUUUCCCCCGGCAUGAAGAAGCGCAUUCGCGCUGGCCAGUAUGACUUUCCUGCCGAGGAGUGGGGCCAAGUAUCCCCGUCAGUGAAACAACUGAUCAAGCAGCUCUUGGACACUGACCCUAGCAAGCGCAUUACCAUUGAGCAAAUGUGGCGGCAUCCCUGGAUUUCUGGCUCGAUGGAGGUCCCGCAUACUCCGUUGCUCACUCCCAAGAUUUUGCAGUUUGAGACCAACUUGACAGACACAAAGGAGGAAAUGUCGCACGCACUCGCGUCCUUGCGUGUCGACAACGGCAUUCAGAUCAAGCCUCUGCCAUCCGCUGCAAGCGCGCUUCUCGCAAGGCGGCAAAAGUGA